AUGUCUUCGUCUUCACUAAAUGAAGCUGCAGUUGAAGAAGAAGAACUUUAUUCCAGCUGGGCUUUAUUGAUCCAAAUUGUUUUGUUAAUUCUUGCAUUAUGGACAAGUUACUAUUUACAAAUAAAACAAAUUCGUUCUAUACAUGAGACGGUUAUAUCAAUAUUUGCUGGAAUGGUUGUUGGGUUAAUUAUUCGACUUUCUCCUGGCUACAUAAUCCAAAAGCUGGUCUCCUUUAAAUACUCUUACUUUUUUAAUCUUCUGUUACCUCCGAUUAUUUUAAAUUCUGGGUACGAGAUGAAAAAGAUUUUUCACAAAUCUGGGGGCUAUCCUAUCCUUUGCACUUCUAGCAUUUUGACAGCGAUAUUGGCCUGGACUGGAAUAGAUUCUCUGUCUCUUACCCUACUUGACUCUAUGAUUUUUGGUUCAGUCCUUUCAGCAACUGAUCCUGUGACUGUACUUACAAUAUUUCAAACAUUGAAAGUUGAUCCACAAUUGUAUGCAAUCAUUUUCGGCGAGAGUAUAUUGAACGAUGCCACUUCCAUCGUACUUUAUGAAACUUUGAGGCAAUACCGCGGGCAAGAUUUUCAUCUUACAAAUAUUUCUCAUGGUUUACGGGGUGCUGUGGCGUUUGCAUUAGCAGCUGGCCUUAAAGGUGAUAAUGCUAAUGCUAUGAAAGCAACAAUUUUGGUGGUAGUGGUACUUAGUGUUAUCGUAUUUGGUGGCACAACAAGUCGAAUGUUAGAAGUUCUUAAAAUAGAAACAGGUGUAGAUGAGGGAGAAAUUGAUAGUGAUGACGAAGGUUAUAACGAAUAUAAUAAUUAUAAUCAUGUGCUAACAAAUUCUCAAGGAUCAGUUGUUUCAUCUGGAACUGGAGGUUCUACGGAACCUAAUAUUCCGUCAAGAAAUAUACCCACAAACAUCAAUAAUGUCUCAACACAUGCUCAUUGGUUUAUAUCAUUUGAUGAUAAGUACCUUAAACCAUUAUUUACACGCCAACAUAAUCAAGACAUAAAACCGGAGGAUAGGUGGCAGAAAGAGAAUAAUAAUAAUGAUGAAAUAGUUGGACUAAGCUCGGAUCACACAAUCACUAGAGUUUAA